AUGGAACCUUGUGCUCCAGGUACCGAAGAUGAUCCUCCAAUUAUGUAUUCUACACUUAACAAAAAGGAAAACGAGCAAGAGCGCUUGCUCAAUCAAAAAGCUUUCCUGAAGAACGGCAAGUACGAUAACAUCUUCGAAUUAAGUUACAAGAAUGGAGCAGAGCAUUGGUACUGUAAGGCCUGUGAGUGUCCAGUCAUGGGGCGUGUUUUUCAACAUGAGGCUGGGCGACGUCAUACUCAAAACAUAUUUCAAACGCAUCAUAAUAUGGAUAACUUUAAGAAAGAUCCCAGUCCUGAAGAACCUGUCAUUGUUGAGGUGGCGCCAGGUGAACCUUUGCCUCCUGGGUUUGAAGAUGUUAGCAGAGUGUCUCAAAUUCAGGAACGUCUGGAUGGUUUCAAAGUGGGACCCUUGAUAGCACUGGAAUAUCUUCUCGAAUUGCAAGAUGAUGAUACCUCAAAGGAACCAGUUUACUUAUGCAUUUUAUGUGACAAAAAAGGGGAUCCCCGUACUGUCUUAACUCAUCUCGCGAGUUAUAACCAUAUUUCACAGUAUCUGCAAAAACACUUCCCUACUUGCUGGCGAGCUCUUGCUCCUUACAAUACAAAACAGUAUAGGAGAAAUUGGCAGACAACUUUGCAAAAAAUUGCUGAAGGCAUUGAAAAGAAAUUUGGGCGUUUGAGACCCUAUCCCAUCGAUAAGGAUAGAUUUGAGAAAGAAAGAAUGCACUAUCUUCAAAUUGUUGGAAAAGGAAAACAUUUUUCCGAGAAUACUGGUUAUACUUUUGAGGAGUUGGUGGUCCAUGAUGAACUGACAAAAUGUCAUGAAGAGGAUAAGUCCUAUGAAUCGACUACGAAUAACAACUGGGGGAAUACAGCUACUAUUCAAAAACCUUUCAAGAAAAGGAGUCCUUCACCUCCCGUUGUCGGCAUGCCUUCUAAGAGAAACAAGGGCAAUGCUCAGACUAAUCCAAGAAGAGCCCAAAUGCUGACACAACCUCAAAACCAAGAACCUGCUUAUACUGUACAAGCAAAGCAGCAAAUUGAGUCACUGAACCAAGCUAACAAGUCUCAGGUGACUCCUCAAAUUCAACAGCAACCUCCAAUUCGACAACAACCCCCAAUUCGACAACAACCCCCAAUUCUACAACAAUCUAUUCCUGGUAAAAUACCACCAGCCCAGCCAGGAAGGCCACCUUUUGAUAGGCCACCUCCUGCUCGGCCACAAGUUAGGAGGAGAUCCCUAUCCAGCGUUUCUAGCAUUUCAGACAAAAGUGAUGAUAGUAACGAUGGUAGGCGAAGACCUAUUGUUAGGGACAGAGAGAAGCCACCUUUCCAAAGAGGUAGACCUGGCGGAUUUGAGCGAGAUCGACAACUCCCUUAUGCACGGCGUAGAUCCCCGUCACCUAGGCGUAGAUCUCCAGUCAGGCGCAGAUCCCCUUCACCAAGACGUCGAGUUGUUUCGCCGCCUAGGCGCAGGUCGAAAUCACCUAUUUUGAAACAAAAGUCACCUGUUAAUAAUGCCGCUAUGGAACAAGAACGAGAGAAGUUAAGAAAAUUAGAAGAAUUCAAAAAAUUGGGUAGAGCUAUUGAGAAUGACAUGCAGAAAACUUUGAAACAACAUGAAAAGAACCCCGAGAAACAUCCUCAGUAUAAUGAAGAAUGGAAAAAGUUCUGGAAUAGAAGGUACAAGGAGUUAAAAGCUGAAGGCGUAGAUGUCCAAAAGCAUGACUUUAAACCGGAAUGGAUAGGAUUCUGGAACAAACGGAUGGUCGAGAUCCACAGUGACGAAUUAAGAAACCGAAAAGAAGCUUUGAGAAAGCGCCUUGGACUUCCUGAGGAAAUUAACCCCAUCAAAUUUAAAAUCGGCGGUGGCCUUGCAUUACCUAUAAAAAUUAAUCCGAAGCCUAUGCCGAUGGCAGCUCAGCCCGAUCAGGACAAUGAAGUUAUUGUGAUUGAUGAUAAAGAUGAUGAAAAAGUUAUACAAAAGACAAAAAGUCCCUUUGAAGAUAAGAAUAAAGGUGGUCCUGGUCCAGUCCACAAACCACCAGUUAAGCGUUCUAAAAGUCCUAAUAGGGAUGUUGGACUCAGACGAAUGGUCAAACCACGUUCCAGAUCUAAAGAGAGAUUAAUGAGAGAUAGGUCCCAUUCAAGAGACAGACCUUUUAGAAAAUCGCAUUCCACAGAGAGGGGUAGAUUCAAGAAUACUUCUCCAAUAAGUGAUGCAUCAAGGUCCAAUAAAAAUCGUUAUCGUGAUUCCAGAGACCGGUCUUUGUCAAGAAACAGAUCACACUCAAGAGGGACAUCGCCGUAUAGUAGAAGAUCAAAAGAACGAAGAUCAGUCUCUCGGGAAAGAAGUUGGGAAAGAAGAGAUGAUAGGAAGCGCCCCACAGAAUUCAUUAGAGAAAGUUCAUUUGAAAGAGAUAUAAGAGCAAAGGAGCGAGUUAGAACUGUCGCUGAUUUGCCUUGGGAAAAACAUGAUAGAAUGUCAGGAAAUUAUUCAAUGUACCGAAAUCCGUACCUUCCUCCUCCAAUGAUGCGCGACGUAACAAGGAAACCAGUUGAUUUCAAUAUGCCACAUGACGAUGAUGAUGAUGAACUUGAGGUCAAUGUAGUUGACGUCCUUCGUCUUCUUACAGCUCUUGAAGAACGUUUGGGUUCAUUGGGACCAAAAGUUAUUGAUCUUCUAGCACAAGCCCUAGCCCUAGAGAAAAACGAAGCGAAUAGUUCAGAAAGUCUUUUAGAUAAUGACAUAAAUUGUGUACUUUUUGAAACCGUAAAAGAGAAGCUUAAAGGACAACUAUUUGCUGGGCUUGUGGAUAUGUUGCAGGAACGGGCAUUUAAAAGGGCAAUUAAAAAAAUUGCAAGUUUGAUGCAUAUGGCUGGACAAAGAAAGAGGCAAAGGGAUAAGUUACUUCCGAAGAUGACUCCUGUUUCAGUAUCUGGAGUGGUAGACAAGGCUGCUAUUGCAAAACAGAUUGCUAAUGCAUUAGUUGCUCAAGGAAAAACAGAUGUAUCUCAGGAUGAGUUAGAAACAUUAAUAAAUGCAGUGGUAGGAAUGGCUGAAGCUUCCAGAAAUUCAAGUAAGCCAAUGACAACAGCUAAUUUCUUACAGAUAUUAGGUAGUGGGAAUGGAGAAAGAGAUACACAAGAGAAAAUAACCCCCAGUUCUUCUAAAAAAUUGGACAUAGUGGAUUUGGAAAAACUCACAGAACCUUUAACACCAAGCCCUGGGAAAAAUUCAGCAAGUAAUAUGGAAAAUCUCUCGGAUUCUGACCUUCAAACACUCUUACAAAACUUCAAAGAUCUAUCAACUGAAGAACAACACAAUUUGAUAAACUACCUUAAAAAAUUGGAAUAUCAAGAGCCAGAAAGAGUGGAAAGGUUACGAAAGUUCGUUAACUUAGAACCUGGUGAUAAACCAAAGGAUGAUGAUAAUAAAGAAGCAGAUGAAGAUGUAGAAGUUGAUGGAAAUAAGAAUAAGGCUAAUGGUGGUAGAGAAAGUCCGUUUUCAAACAGAACUGGAGCAGUAAACCCAGAUCAUGACUUAGUGGACAUUGAUUCUGAUGAAGACAAUGAGAAAGAUGAAAAGAUGAAUGACGAUAAAGAAAAGAAUAUUGAAAAGGAACAAAAGAAAGUCCAUGUAGAUUCCGAAGAUGAAUAUAGUUUUGAAGACGUUGUCAAGUCAGUCUCCAAAAAUGUGAAAGAUAAAGAAAUGGAACAUAGCAAAAAGGUUUUAGAGGACACUAUGAAAUAUGAUAAAUCCAAGUCUGAAGGAAACCUAAACACUGCUAAAGAUCUUAUUUCUAAUUUGAUGGCAAACAUAUCCAAAACAAAUUCCAGUUCCAGUAGUGUAGACUUGCUUGGUUUAGGUUCAAAGUCUGUAACUUCAAAUCCACCAACUAAUAUGGCAAACGUUGACUUCACAAAACUUGGUGAUAUUGGAAUGUCUAAUUUGGCUAGUAUACUAAGUAACUUUAAAAAUUUGACUAGCCCAGACACUACUGAAAAGAAAAUUGAUUUCCAACCUCCAUCUACAGUAAAAAAUGUAAACAAAAUGAACUUUGAUUUGUCUAACCUAGACUCUAAUGGAAGGAAAAUUGAUUUCCAACCUCCAUCUACAGUAAAAAAUGUAAACAAAUUGAACUUUGAUUUGACAUCACUUAAACCAAAACCACAAGAAAAUGUCGAAUAUCGAGAUCAAGGUAUUAAUAAAGAGCCUAUGACCUUAAAUCUACUGGAUAGAGAUAGAAGCAAGCAAUUUGAGAAUUCUGAUCCAAGUUCAAGAAAUAAUUUUGAUGGUCCCGAAUUCGAUAGAUCUAGAUUCAGUGGUCCCGAGAGGUUUGGCCCUGGAGGAUCUGCAGGUCCAGAUCGGUUUGGUCCAGGUGGCCCAGAUGGGUUUGGUCCUGGUGGUCCAGAUAGAUUUGGUAUGGGAGGGACAGAUAGAUUUGGUAUAGGAGGACCAGAUAGAUUUGGUACAGGAGGGCCCGACAGAUUUGGUAUAGGAGGACCAGACCGAUUUGGCACAGGUGGACCAGACCGAUUUGGCACAGGUGGACCAGACAGGUUCGGUACAGGAGGACAAGACAGGUUUGGUGCAGGAGGGCCAGAUAGAUUUGGGAUAAGUGGGCCAGACCGAUUUGGCACAGGAGGGCCAGACAGAUUUGAUAUAGGAGUGUCAGAUAGGUUCGGUUCUGGAGGUCCAAAUAGAUUUGGUCCUGUAGGAUCUUCUGGAGGUCCAGAUAGAUUUGGCCCAGUAGGAUCUGCUGGAGGUCCAGAUAGAUUUGGUCCGGUAGGAUCUGCUGGAGGUCCAGAUAGAUUUGGGCCGGUUGGAUCUUCUGGAGGGCCAGAUAGAUUUGGUCCAGUAGGAUCUGCUGGAGGUUCAGAAAGAUUUGGUCCGAUUGGAUCUGAAAGGUUGGGAGGUCCAGGAGGUAAUGAUAGAUUUGGUGGUUUUGAAGCUCCUGAUAGGGGUUUUGGUGGCCCCGAUAGAGGAUACAAUGGACCUGAUAGAUCAUUUGGACAAACUGACAGAGGUUUUGGAUCUGGGCCUAUAGCUAAAGGACCACCAAGUCUCUUAGGAAAGAAUGUGUCCAGAAUGGCAGGUUCUGGUCCUGGUUUAGGAAUGGGACCAGGAGCGAUGGAUCCUAAAGGUCCAGGUAAUUUUGGAAACAGAGGAGGGCCUCCUUUUGGAACAGAUUCGUUGCCAAGAGGGGGUCCGCAAAGGCCAGGCCCAGAUGAUCAAAGGAAUUUUCAGAGGUUGCCAGCUCCCAAUUUUAAUAGACCUGCUGGGAAUUUCGGUGGUAGAUGGUAA